GUAUAGCCUAUGAUUGGUCAGGAGGGGUCUGGUAGUCCGGAGGCUGGCGUUGCGCUCCGUGCUGAUUCCCAUGUUCUUGUUGCGCACGGGAACAGUUGGCACCAAUUCGGGCUCUCGCCUCACACUCUGGAAGUCUAGCCUGUCGCAGCAUCUCCUCCUGACACUUAUUCACCAUGUCCGUUCCGGCGGGACUCGGACUCUGUCGCUCGCACUGACAUCAGCGAUGCGUCAAACUUUUGGAUGACUUUUGUGGCCUCUCUGCGCGUCCUCCAGGUCAGAGCGGGCGCCCGCCGCGCUGGAAAUGAAAGCCACUCGGAAGAGCCGUCGGCGGCUGUGACACCCGUGCGGACCUCUUCAAACUUUGGACACCCUGACAGCCUCAGAAACUCUUUCAGGCGGAUUUGUUUUGAACAGUCUGGGCCCGUCGGCCGACCGAACGACCGAACUACGACAUCAAACAUCAUUCAGCUGUUACUUUUUGUAAAAAAGGAACAGCUUUUAGGUUUUUGCUUUUAGUUGAAAACACUUUUGUUCUUGGAGAAGUUGCGCUGUGCGCGUCACCCGGGACGUUUGGCACGGCGCAGACGGCGAAGAUGCUCUCUCUCCGGAUGCAGCGUAACGCAGCUCUCGGUCCUCUGCUGCUUCUCCUCAUGGCUGUGUCUGGCACCGGGAGCAGUGACUACACAGAGACUGAGACUCUCCCUGAUUCCUUUCCGUCAGCUCCGGCAGAACCUCUACCAGAAUUCCUGCUGGAACCAGAGGACGCUUUCAUCGUGAAGAACCGGCCUGUCCAGAUGCGCUGCAGGGCAUCACCGUCCACGCAGAUCUACUUCAAAUGUAACGGGGAAUGGGUCAAUCAAAACGAUCACAUAACCAGGGAGAGCAUCGACCAGAUGACAGGCCUCGUGGUGAGGGAGGUGGACAUCUCAGUGUCGAGGACCCAGGUGGAGGAGCUGUUUGGUCUGGAGGACUACUGGUGCCAGUGUGUGGCCUGGAGCUCAGCUGGCACCACAAAGAGCAACCGUGCCUACGUCCGAAUCGCAUACUUGAGAAAGAACUUUGAGCAGGAGCCACUGGGGAGAGAGGUGCGACUAGAGCAGGAGGUGCUGCUGCAGUGUCGCCCCCCAGAGGGCAUGCCCCCUGCAGAGGUUGACUGGCUGAAGAAUGAGGAUGCCAUUGAUCCGUUGCAAGACCCCAACUUUCUGAUCACAAUCGAUCACGAUCUGAUUAUAAAACAGGCCAGACUCUCGGACACCGCAAACUAUACGUGUGUUGCUCGCAACGUGGUGGCCAGGAGACGAAGUAGCACAGCUACUGUCAUUGUUUACGUGAGCGGAGGGUGGUCUUCUUGGUCUGAAUGGUCAGAAUGCAAUGCUCGAUGUGGGCGGGGCUGGCAGCGGCGAACUCGUAGCUGCACCAAUCCUGCUCCUCUCAAUGGAGGAGCUUUCUGUGAAGGUCCACCUUUUCAGAGAGUGACCUGCACCACCCUGUGUCCAGUGGACGGAGGCUGGACAGAGUGGGCAAAGUGGUCCGCUUGUGGGACGGAGUGUACCCACUGGCGAAGCCGUGAGUGCCAGGCACCGCCACCCAGGAAUGGAGGAAAGCACUGCAGUGGCAACAUGAUGGAGAACAAAAACUGCACCGAGGGCCUGUGUGCACGCAAUAAAAAGAUUUCUAUUGAAAAUUCAAGCCAUCCGCGCGCUCCAGGUAUAGGCGUAGCUGUGUAUGCUGGCCUGGUAGGGGCUCUGCUGCUUUGUGUGAUCCUGGUGCUGUGCGUGGGUGUGCUUGCAUACCGUCGCAGAUGUCGCCAUCUCCACGGAGACAUCACCGAUUCCUCGUCUGCGCUCACUGCAGCCUUUCACCCUGGCAACUACAAGCCUCCUAGACAGGAUAACCCUCAUCCUCUGCACCCCUCAGCUCCUCCCGAUCUGACAUCCACAGCAGGAGCUUUCCGCGGGCCUCUCUUCUCCCUGCAGCAGGCGGUCAAUGAUAGCCCUCACAAAAUCCCAAUGACCACUUCUCCCCUGCUGGACCCACUGCCCAGUCUUAAAAUCAAAGUGUAUAACUCCUCAACGCUAUCCUCACUGGAGCUUCCUGCUGACAUGUGCUCAUCGGAUGGCGAGAUCCUCAGCUUGAAGUCGGUGGGUACAGUGGGCAGAGAGCGAGAAUACCACAGCCACACUCUGUCCAGAGAGCCGGGCCUCAGCACCAGCGCCACCUUGGGAAGUCUGGGAGGACGUCUCACCAUCCCAAACACAGGUGUGAGUCUGCUGGUUCCACCUGGUACCAUCCCUCAGGGGAAGUUCUACGAGAUGUACCUCAUUAUCAAUAAGUGGGACAAAACCACGCUCCCCUCUGAUGGCAGUCAGACUGUCCUCAGUCCUGUGGUAAGCUGUGGCCCAUCCGGUAUGCUGCUGAAUCGUCCUGUGGUCCUCACAUUGCCCCACUGUGCCCAACUAGACACCCCUACACCCGAUUGGACCCUCACACUUAAGACCCAGACCCACCAGGGGGCUUGGGAGGAGGUGCUGACAGUGGGGGAGGAGACUUUGUCAUCUCCAUGCUACCUGCAGCUGGAGGAAGAGAGUUGUCAUGUCCUCAUGGAGCAGCUGGGGACCUACAGCCUUGUGGGCCAAUCAUGUCCACCGCAACCUGCUUGCAAGCGUCUGCAGCUGGCGCUGUUCGCCCCACGAGCGCCCUGCCUGUCCCUCGACUACAGCCUCCGUAUCUACUGCAUCCAUGACACACCACAUGCACUCAAGGAAGUGCUGGAUCUGGAGCGGAGUCUCUGUGGAGUCUUGGUCGAGGAUCCCAAACUGCUGCUCUUCAAAGACAGCUACCACAACCUGCGCCUCUCAAUCCACGACAUUCCUCACACGCACUGGAGAAGCAAACUACUGGCCAAGUACCAGGAGAUUCCAUUCUAUCACAUUUGGAGCGCCAGUCAGCGACCUCUGCACUGCACGUUCAGCCUGGAGAGGGGCAGCCUGGCUGUGUCGCAGCUCAGCUGUAAAAUCUGCGUCCGGCAGGUGGAAGGGGAAGGACAAAUAUUCCAGUUGCUCACAGACAUCCAGGAGACCCUUCCACCACACUCGCCAUUACCUGCAGGAGGCUCCAGCCUUCCAUCCUCUCAAGUGGGAUCCUACGCCUUUCGUUUGCCUCACUCUAUCCGGCAGAAGAUUUGUGCCAGUCUGGAUGCACCCAGCACACGUGGGUGUGACUGGAGACUGCUUGCACAGAGCCUGGGCUUUGACAGGUACUUGAACUAUUUUGCGACGAAACCAAGCCCCACAGGUGUUCUAUUGGACUUAUGGGAAGCUUGUCACCAAGGUGAUGCAGACCUGGUCUCUUUGGCGACCGCACUGGAAGAGAUGGGCAAGAGUGAGGUGCUAGUUGUCAUGACAACAGAUGGAGAAUGUUGAUUGGACAAGCAGGGGAGCAAGCAAGAUAAUUUUUGCCCCUCCAUGAUGGAACUAUGAAUACCUGCCCAUGAAUAUGCACAGCCCUGCACAAGUCAUUAGUCCUCAGAACAUUUUGGUUCGAUCACACAUACUGUAUUAACUCAUCAUGCCAUCACUGGCCCCCGAUCAGCUGCUGUAGCAUCAUACCCACCUUACACCAGUCCCAUGGUGGCCAUCCUAUGAUAACUGCUAAUUCAGUUUAGCUCGAAUACUCUAAAAGAAAGUUGCACCUCUGCAAGAUGUGACACCAAUUUCAGGGUACAAAUGCAUAAAAAAUUGUACAUAUAGAACAACAAAUUUGGGACAAACCUAAAUUCCUUGUAUUCAGUUCAUUAAGCACGUAUGCUAAUACAAAAAGACAAAUGCAAAAACAAUAUUAUUUCAGUAGCAGCAUGAACAUGCAUGAUUAAACACCACCUCACUUCACGGCAGCUACUUUUGUUUUCAAGCAAAUGCACGAUUCCUGUAACUCUACAUCGUCAUCGUGUGCGUGCGUUGAGUGACAGGCAGCACCAAACUGUCUGAAAGCUCCUCAGGCUGCAGACAAACCGAUCAUUAAUGACAGACUGAAACCGGAUUGGAUUCCUUGUCCAGUAGAUUGUCAACAAAUUACACUCAGAAGGAACCCUCGUGGUUUGAGGGUUUGAGCGUCGGAGCGUACGGCUUCAGGCUAGAGGACAAGCUGCCUCUUUAUGCGAUAGGAUGAUCCAUUUUGAAGUUUGUUUCAGAAUUGGCGGAUAACUAGAUUUCUUUAUAUUGUACCAACAAAUGCCUCAAAGCUUUUGGCAAAUCAUUCCAACUCACAGGGGGUGGUCUUUCAUCACUCCUCACGUUCUUCUAUCAUUCUGCUGCACUCCUCUGACAAACUGCAACGUCGCUUUCUGGUCAUCCCUUAAAAGUUUCCUUUGGGGAACGCUUUUAACGUUAUUAUCCAUAUUUGUGGAUUGGAUUUUUUUUAUUAUUAUUAUUAUUAUUCCUUGCUGUUGCUGUUCUGAUCAUGCUCAACAUGUUUUAUCAUUUGUGCUUAUUUAGGCUUCUGUUAGAGUGAUUAACAAAAUCAUAUACAUUGCUUAUUUUUAAGAAUUGUGUGUCUACUUCGUAUGUAAAAUAAAUCGGUAAAACAUGAUUAGAGGUGGUAAAUUGUUGGGGUAAGAUGUAUUUCUUAGCGUUUUGCUUCGCUGUAAUUGAGGGCAGUUUCACUUAAUAGAAAGUAUAAAUUUUACCUCGGAGCUGAUUACAUUUUCUUUAAUUUUCUCUCCAUACACCUUAUUAAUGUGUUCAUCGAGCCAUUCUGCUGCUGUCUUUUCUCUCUGUCAAUUUAUGACAUUUUGUUAACCUUUUACCGCCUGCUUUUUGGUCAGGGUUCUUGAGUUGUUACCAGUUUUGUCCCAUCAAUUACUGUCAUGUAGAGUGUUGUCAUUAUUUUAGUUCUGUGGGUUUUUUUUUACUCUUCCAUCAGGCAAAAAAAAACAAACAAAACAAAACAAAAAAGUACUCAUAUCUUUGAAACCACAAAACCAAAACACAGGCAGUAUCCCUCUUCUGAUUGUGUCACUGCUUUGUGCAAAUGAACUCGAAUCAUGCACAGGUGCGCGUGUGGGCAGGUGGGGCGUGCACACACAGCACGUGAGCACGCUCGAGAUCUGGCCUUUUUCUUCGCAAGUGCUAUGCAAGUGCAAAAGAAAAGCGAAGCAUUUGACUUAUUUUGUCUCUUGGCAAAGUAAUUCUAUUUUUUCAGAUCAGGACUUUCACAGGGUUUUCAGUGUGUGUGGAAAUUCUCCAUCUGGAUCUGAAGAAUUGCAACUGAUGAGAAACACUGCUACUGGGAAAGAAG